AUGUCUACUCAGACCAGAGGUGACGCCGAGAAACAUAUCAAGCGAAACCCGCAUCCCGACUUUAAGAAAGUGGAGAGUGAACGGCCUGUUUGGGAUCAUUCCGCUGCCUGGAACGUUAAGCAAACUGUCAAGCCCGAAUGGAAAUAUGGCGAUGGAGCGAACGAUGGAGGAGAGGGCCUGAAGACUCCACACGUCGAGAUUGAUCCUUAUGAGAAGGACAGACCGGCUGUUUUCAACUACAAGCUCUUGAUCUCCGGCGUCAUUCCCCGACCAAUUGGCUUCAUUAGCACAACCUCGAAGGAUGGAAGCAGCACGAACCUGGCACCAUUCAGCUACUUCUCAGUCAUCAACCAUGACCCGCCGUUGUUUACCGUUGGAUUUGCUGGAGGCUUUGAUAAUGCGAAGGACUCGCUGAAAAACUUGUUGGAGUCAGGGGAGUGUGUUAUCAACAUGAUCUCGGAGCACUUCAUUGAGGCAGCGAACGCUUGCAGUGUUGAUACACCUUAUGGAGAGAGCGAAUGGGCCCUUAGUGGAUUGACUCCUGCUAAGUGUUCCACUGUGAAUGCAAGCAGAGUUAAGGAAGCCAUCUUUGCGAUCGAGGGGAAGUUGGACUUUACGAAAGAGUACGAAAGCAAGUCUACUCCUGGAAAAAAGACUGGGGUUCUGGCUGUUAUCGAGGGUACGCGAUUCUGGGUUAGAGAAGAUGCUCUGAAUGAAGACAAGAACUUGAUUGAUCCAAGUGUCAUGAAAGCAGUCAGCAGAAUGGGAGGUAUCACUUAUGGCAGGACGAUAGAUGGCGUAGAGAUUUUACGACCUGACUACGAGUCGACUGUCAUGAAGAACGAGGAAGCAAAGAAGUUCGUGAAGCCAAAGCUAGAUGGACAAUAG